AUGUCAGCAAUGAAAUGUCUCAUUUGUGAAGCUAAAGUGGAUGAAGGAUCAAGUGUUUGGCGUCACCAAUCUGCUUGGGAUGCGCCAAUGUUUACUUCAAUUCAGAUUCACGAACACGAGUUCACCCUAUUCCAUGACUUGUGGAGGCUAGCCGAUGCAUCAACUCAGUGUUUUUAUCCUCCAGGAGAAGUCGAACCAAUUUAUCGACCACUAAGUGAUGAAAGGCUUGGUUGGCGCUGGGACGGUCUCGAGCCAUUGAACGAUCGUGCAGUCACAAAAGAACCUCCUUCAGACUGCACUACCUCCACUAUUUGCUAA